AUGCAAUCUGCUCAUAUUUCUAUUGACGCCUUUCCAUCAUAUACUAAUGAUUCGCCGGCGUCAUAUCACUAUUCAAUCCAGCAGGCCCCAUCUCCAUAUGCCUUCCCGCAACAGAAAGACGAGUCCUCGUUCAUCAAGUCUAGAUUAUCUGAGAGUCCCGUAUCUACAAUAUUUACCGACUACUCUUCUGAAACCUCAUCCGUCGAGCACCCAUCCCGUGAUAAUCCUCAUAGAGCAGCAUCUCGUCUCACUAUCGCACACCCAUACGCACGUCUGUACGCAAAGAAGGAUGGUUCCAAGCGACGAAAAAUAUGGAACCAUGUGCUGGAGAAGCAACUCUUCUCUCCUCAGGAGCUCUCAACAAUGGGCGCACCACAUAGACGUACCAUCUACAUUGCUUCUCUCGAGGCGCACAUCGAUCGGCUGCACAACCAGCUGCUCGGAAUUGGGCUUUACCCUAUCCCAUUCGAACGCCUCGAGCCAUACCGAGGCCUCAAUUCAAAGACGGCUAAGAGUAUGGUAGCGGGCUUGCAGCAUGAUGCUACUCACACAAAGCUCAAGUUGCUAGAGCUAGAGCGUUCGGUACUUUCUCUUCUACUUACCUCCCAAGCCAUUCUAAAAUAA